AUGGCGUUCAACGUCAGCUGUUCGUUCAUGACAAAUCAGCUGUGUUUGGCGUUUGACGAGUGGGACAAACAUUAGCAAUAAAUACUUAUUUGUAUAGAAAACUAAGGACAAAGAAUGGAUGUAAUAACGAGAGAGUUGCUUGUACCAGCAAAAUAUAUAAAAGUGAUAGAUGAAAGAAUUUGUUUAACUGUACACAGAAAUUGGUUAACAAACUUUCUUAAUGUGGGACCAAUCUCGUUUAUUAAACACGAGAGAUUAAGCGAUGAUGAAAUUGCGGCUCAUCCUAUACUUGAAGAUUUGGGCCCAGAUUGGAUAAGAAUAUAUGUUAGAAUUUAUGAAAAGCAACAUAAAUGGGCUGUCCCACUUCCAAGAGGGAGGAAUAUAAAUGUUAAUACUCAUGCAGAUCUGACUUUUACACAAUUAAUGCAUUACGUAGCUGAAACUAAUUAUCGGAAUUUAUGGAAGGAGUGUUACAAAAAAUAUUACAGUCCUUGGAAUUGUAUAGAAUAUAAAGAACAAUAUAAUAUAACUGCUAAUGUAAGUGACACAGCAAUAAUGCAAGAAGUAUUACAAAAAAUGUAUGGCUGUACUUUAGUGCAGCUGCAAAACGGAUCAGUGAUAUCUGUAUUGCCUGGUAUAUCGACUGAAGUGCAUUGCAAUCUUCUUCCCAUAUUAUUUGCUAUCGAAACUACGUCCGCUUUUCUGACUUUGCACGAACAGAUCGCAGAAUAUUCUCUUCGCGAGUGUGUCAUGUAUAGUCCGGCUGCCUUAAGCAUAAGUCAUGGAAAACCAUUAUUUUUAAUAUACCAAUUACUACAGUUAUCCAGAGACUUGCAUGAUCGAGGUCUAGUGUUAGGUGAAAUUACCCUAAGCGAUAUAUUACUUAUGGAUGAUUUUACUAUUCAGGUAUUACCGAAAAUAAGCGACAAUGUGUAUAUAAAACCUGAAAAUGAACUGACUAAAAUGUCCACUAGUCAAGAAGUCAGAGGAAGAAGUUUUAACGGAUGCAAAAGAGGCUUCGACACAUCGAAUUCUACGUUUCAUGGGAAUUCUAAAAUCGGCAUGCAUGAAAGCAUAGAGAAAUUGUGCGAAAUGUGGGUGUAUAACUGCAUUAGCAAUUUCGAUUAUUUGACUGCGUUGAAUAAUCUGGCUGGUAGACGAUACGGUGAUCCGGGUUGUCAUCACGUAAUGCCUUGGGUCACAGAUUUUACGUCAAGGUGCGGUAGUAACUGGAGAGAUCUGACAAAGUCUAAAUUUCGCUUGAACAAAGGCGACAGACAAUUAGACUUAACAUUUGAUUCGCAGUUGACUGAAGUGGGACAUCAUGUGUCAGAUGUAAUCUCGGAAAUUACGUAUUACGUUUAUCUCUCUCGCCGUUAUGAUAAAUCAGUUCUUUGUAAAUAUGUAAGACCGCAAUGGGUUCCAGGAGAAUAUCCUGCUUCUAUACAGAGAUUACAUGAUUGGAGCCCAGACGAAUGUAUACCACAAUUUUUUACUGAUCCUAAUGUUUUUAAGUCUAUCCACGAGGAUUUACCAGAUUUAGAAAUUCCUGGGUGGGCUACAUCUCCAGAAGAUUUCAUUGAAAGGCAUCGAGAAGCCUUAGAAAGUUUUCACGUUUCUGAAAGAUUACAUCAUUGGAUAGAUCUAACGUUUGGAUACAAAUUAUCUGGGUCGGCGGCAGUGAAAUCGAAAAAUGUUUGUUUGCAACUUGUUGACAAUCAUACUAGUUUAACUAACUCCGGUAUCGUUCAACUUUUUACACAACCGCAUCCACAAAAAAUUAUUCCCUCGCCUUAUUGGUGUAAGAUUCCACCUCGCUUACGCUCAUCUUUCUUAACUAAUAAAUAUAAAACUGAUCAAUCUGGAAACAGGACUAGCGAUGAUGAAGGGCACAGUUCUGGAUUCGAAGAAGAAGAAUUAGCAGCAUCAAUUAUAAAUACAUCGAAAUCAUCGCCUUUAGUUCUAAGUCGUUUAUUGAGUCGUUCUCGGGGAUCCCUACUUGCAGCAGAUGACAGUACUAAACAAGAUAAAUCCUUAAGUCAAACAAUAAUCCUCCCAAAGGAUUACAAUCCUAUUGCAGCUAUUAUGCACGUUGAAACUAUGCAUACAUUUAUAAAUAAAGUAAGCUCACAAGUUUAUAAACCGCAAAUCGAGUUGCACGAGACAUUCACGAAUUAUAAACAAAUUGUGGCUAGUGGACGUAUAAAGGAACAACAGAUUCUCGGUUGCUUGAUCGUGGAAAUAUUCUUGUCAAAUAAAUUUCGAUCGACAUGGAAUGUCGAGAAAGUAUCAUUUGCAAAAAGAUUCACCACGUGUUUAAACACGUUGAAAAUGUCAGCUGAUAGUUUACCCAAAUGUGUGAGAAAUACUGUUGCUUUGCUGCUUCAAGUUGAUAUUAUACCGAACAGUUAUAACAUAAACAACACAGAGACAAUUGAUACGCCUUUUCGUUAUCCAACUAUCACACAUAUGGGUUUACCUCCACCAUCUGCUCAUCAAUUUCUGCAGCCUAUACUGUCCGGUAGUUUAUUUCCAUUUUCUAAGUAUUAUAAACAUUUGUACAAUAUUGUAGAAAUGUUGCAAGAAUACACUAGUUUGGUACGUGAACUGAAUUUCGUGAUGAAGUCUGAAGACGAUAUGGAUUCUGUAUUUAAAACGAAGACAAAGUUGCUUUGCAAAAUUAGCGAAUGCAAAGUUAAAGCGGUUGCGAGAGAAUUGGAACAUUUAUUGUUCCACACUGGAAUCGCUCGAGAAGCCUGUUUAGAACUGAUAGUGCCACAUGUACAGCAAAUAAUGGAAGAGCCUUACAGUUGUGUCCUGGCUGCUUGGUACUUAUUUGAUCCCAUUGCUAAAGCGCUUGGCCCCAAAGAUACGGCACAAACGUUCCUUUUGCCUAUUAUGAAAUUGUAUGAAAAUGGUUCCUUUAUGGAUAACUCCACACACAAUGAGAUACUUUCUUCUGCAUUGACGGCAAAAUUUAAAACUACACGUUUAUACCACAGAAACUUUUUAUUGAAACUUAUGGUCAGAUUGGGUGUGCGGCGAUUUUUAGAGAAUUUUAUUACACCUCUUGUAGAAGCAGUUGGAGGAUACAGAGAUUACGUACAAGGAUCUUCAAGUUGUAAUCAUAAAACAGGCAAUCUCAAAAGCUGUGAUUUAAGUGGGACGUGUAAUGAGGGAGAGGGAAUUUUAUCUCCUUUAGAUGAAGAUUUUUCUACGGGCUCAGAACAUAAUAUUUCUUUAUCUCCUGGACCAGCAACCGUAGACUAUAUACGCGAUAUGAAUUCAAUUGAUAAUGACGUUGAAAAUGUAUUCACUAUGGAAACGGAAGAAAAUUCCUGGGUGUCUGCAAAUCCUAACGUAAAAUAUGAUAUUGAUUUAAAUAUUGAUUUAAGUUUAAAUCUUAGUGACGAAUUAAAUGACGAAGGCAGUAAAAUUUCGCCCCUCAAAUCGAUUAAGUCGCCAACCAUUCCUAUACCAAAAACGUCCAAUUCUUUCAACAAGUCUCUAACCGAGUUCAGUAAUAUUGGGUGUAACGUUGGAAGUAAAACUUCUAACGAUGAAUUUAUUUAUGGUGGAUUCGGACAUUCCGCUAAUACUUCUGAGGAAAUUACUAUUGGAGUAGAAGAACAAAAUCCUGUAGUAUUACAAACAGAUAAUAUCAAAUCUGAGUUUGUGACAGAUGAAGAUGUACAAACAGAUCAUGCUUAUCAAAAAGCAUCAUCGAAUGAAUGUACGACUUCUGAAAUGAGCGCUGAAUCUAUUAUUUGGUUGUCUCAUCGACUUGGUCCCGUUCUUACUGCACGAUAUCUAUCUCGAAAUCUGUUGAGGAUGCUUACGUUGUGUUACACCGGGAAGGAAAACCUAACGAUAAUCAGCGAUACUCUCUCAUCGGUGGAAAGUAUUACUUGCAAUAAAAGAGUUUUAGUUGGUGAUCGUAAUGCCGCCAAAGUCUUGGAAUGCCUCGCAGCUAUCGCAGGUUUAUACGGGGAACAAAUUAUUGUUUUGCAAUAUUUUGCACACAUGGUAGAACUUUUGGCCUUGUGCAAAAGGAAAUUGACACAAAAUUUAGAAGGAGGACUUAUUUCGUGUUUGGCUCUCCUAAAUCACAUUACGCCGUACCUUAGCGAUGUCGUAUUAAUGGAUGUACUUCAUGAAACAAUUGUGAAAACAAUAUUAUAUCCUACAGUUCGCAUAUUAUCAUCCACGAGAUUUACUUUUCCCAACGGUGUAAUUGCACGUACAAUAAUGGCAGAGAAAUGCUUAGAAACGUUAUUUAUGUUCAGCUUACGUUUGGGAAGUGUUAUUACAAAGAAUCAUCUGGCUGUACCUAUUCAACGAUUCUUCUUAGCAUUCGAUAAAUCAUUUAAUCAAGACGUUAUGGAAAAUUUCAAAGACGAAGUUACUCCCAAGACGAUAAGUGAGCAUUUUACAAGAACAAAAACUUUAAAUGAAGACAACAGAAAUGCUAUCGGGCAUCAAACAAAUUUCAACACAGAUGUUGCCGAUUCUUACUCUCCGCCAGUUACAGAUAACAUAGAUACGUCUGAUCUACAAACGAAUAAAGCACUUGAAGAACUGAAAGCCGUAUUCACAGCGGAAUUCGCACACAAAACUUAUAUGUCUUUCUAUAAGUGUAUCGAUAGCGAAGUGAUGGAACAAAUACUUAAGAAUCAUGAACAUAUACAGAAUUUAUGUCGCAAAUACGAACAAGAAAUAAGAAUGAGUUCCAACGCUGAUGAUAACAAGUAUAAUGCAACAGAAAGUUCAGAAACAUCAAAUAAAGAUGUGACCAAUUUUGGAAACAUAUCAGUUGUGGGAAAUAGAUUUGCUGUACAAAAAGGUGAUAUUGGGAAUCACGUCACUCUAGAAAGUGUAACAUGUAAUCGUGAAACGAAUUCUUCUUCCUCGACUGGAAGGCAAUUACGUGGUAAUUGGCUAGCGUAUUGGGAACACGAAAUCGGAAGAUCGGAGAAAGAUACAGCGUUUAAUAUAAAACAAAUAAAACUUCAAACGUUUAGUGGGCAUACCAAUAGCAUCAGAUGUAUGUACGUAUUAGAUAAUGAAAACAGUUUCAUGAGCGGCGGAAGAGACAAAACAGUGAAAUUAUGGAGUUUAAGAAGUCAGGGCGAUGGAAACACUGUUUCAUCUUGUCAGUACACUUAUACUGGACAUAAGAAAUCUAUCCUCGCACUUACAUUUCUAGAAUCAAUGAGAUACGUAGUUACUUGUGACGGUACGAUUCACUGUUGGGACCCGUUCAUGGGUUCUCUUCUCGGAUGUCCAGAGAGCUCAAGGCCAGUCCCCGUGAACACAUUGGCUGCAAGUCCGCCACCUUGUACAACUCUACUUGUGGGUACAACUGAUAUUACAUUGAGAGUCAUCGAUUGCAGAACGUUUCAAUAUGUAAAUGAAAUGAAAGUCUCCGUAAAUCCAACAGGUUUAAUCCGAUGUAUUGCGGUUGCACCUAGCGGUUAUUGGGUAGCGUUAGGUCAAGCAUCAGGUUUCUUAACAAUUUUAGAUAUUCGUACCGGUCUUAUUAUUGCAUCUUGGAAAGGUCACGAGUGCGAAAUACUGCAAUUGGAAGCAAUCAAUGAAACAACGUUAAUUAGUUCUUCGUUGGACGAGACCAUAGCUGUGUGGAGCGCUUUAGAUGGAAAAUUGAAAUUCCAUAUGAAAGGCUCUACCGAACCAGUUCACUGCAUGACGAUGUACGAACAGGAAUUAGUGAUAGGAACAACGGCGAAUCGAGUAGGAGUUUAUACGUCCAUAGAAACGACAGCCUCGUUUUCAUCUUCGAAAUUAAAAUCCGAUACUUUCAAAGGACUCCUUACUACCAUGGCCGUUCUUCCUCUCAAUCGAUUAUUAUUAUUGGGUGCAGAUAACGGCGGUAUAACAUUAAUUUGUUAGAUAUUACGUGUAGGUGUACGGAAAAUUUUACAUUAUAAAUAUAUAAAUAAAUAUACAAUUCCGUAAUUUUC